GGGCAGCACUGUUCAAACUGUUCCAGUUCAACAAAAUACUGCUUCACAGAUUGCCACCCUGGGUAUUUCGACCUCAAAUGCAAAUCACGCUGCAGUAAGAAUUGCAAACACAGGAAAUGUAGUCAAGAUCUAAAUGGCGUUCCAAUAUGCUCUCAAGGUUGUGUUCCUGGUUUCUACGGUACCCAAUGCAAUAUCCCGUGUCCAAGUCCAUCAGGAAACUGUACGAAAUGUCCCCAAGGAUGUGAUGGGCAAUUCUGUCAUCUUAACUCACCGUGUGUUCCUGGGUGCCCCGACUUAUACUAUGGGUCAAACUGCAAGAUGUGUUCACACAGAUGUCGGUCUUGCAACAGGAUAACAGGCAGAUGCGAUGAGUGCCUUGAUCCGUAUUCAGGCCAAGACUGUCAAUUUUCGUGUGAAAACUGUUCAACAAUUGACUGUGUACAGACGUGCGCACCUGGACUAUAUGGACACAAAUGCUCCAAGAGAUGCAGCAAGAACUGCCAAGCUUACCCUGCUGCCAAUAACAGUUUGACAAGUACCAGUUCCAACGUCUGCAUUUCUGAAUGUCACAGACAGAGCGGAGAGUGUAUCAAUGGCUGUGUGGAUGGGUUUGGGCCUAGCUGUUCGUCUAAAGUAAAGUGCAACCCGAAUUGUAUGGGUUGCAAUGAAACUGUUUCUUGUGUUGAGGGAUGUUUACCUGGUUACUAUGGAGAUGACUGUAAGCCUUGUUCUGAAACCUGUUUCAAUCACACAUGUCACCCCACAAACGGUUCCUGUGACACUGGAUGUUUCCGUGGAUAUCAUGGACAGUUAUGUAAGGAAUCCUGCACCCAUUGUCCGGGAGGCGCCUGUCAUCAAAGUACUGGGAUUUGUGCCGGAGGUGAAGGUAUAAUUAGAAUAUUAAAAAAUAUAUAUAUAUACAUCUUGAUCCAAUCCCCUUCAAGAUUCCUGUUCGCAGACUUGAAGACGAGCUGCAGAAUCUCCACACCGGUUCACAGGAGAAGUCAUUCGAAAUUUACUGUCAGUCUGUAUUUCAAGAAAUUCAGUAAAUGUACUAUCACAUGGCUGGGUGUUUUGGGUCGUUGCUCCAUUAAGGGAUUAUGGUGCCCGGAACCAAACGCAAAUAUUCUGUGUGCAAUUCGUUUGAGUGGCGGGUGCCUGUUGCAUUACAUCCAUGAUGAGAGCUAUGAAUUAUGCAUAAUCAGGGGAAAAACUCCGGAGUUUUAUUUUAAGAGAGUGGUCACUUUUGUAACGUCAAGUGCUCAUGUGAUUGGAUACUCCCCUAUCCACAACCCCGAGAUUGCAGAUCAUUGAGUGCCCUUUAUAUGUGAUGCUAUAGCUGUGGGGUUUGUGGAUACCCUUUCCUACUUGAGACGCUGCAGUUAUAUAACCAACCCUAGAGUACCAUCUGUGAUGAGAGUGGAAUGCACACAGUUUAUUAUUAGCUCUAUAAUAAUGCGAGCACGGAUUCGGUCGGUAUCAUGAAUGGAUGAAAAGCAUUUCGUUCUUCUUAAUUUGUUUUGUUUUUGGGUUGUUGUUUUUAUAGUUUCAGACCAGAGUUCCAUCACUGGUGCAAUAAUUGGAACAUCAACUUCAUUGGUGAUUUUGAUCUGCGGAAUCGUUGUUACAAUUCUAUUUGUCCAUUGCAAAAGACCCGCAGCAAACAGGGCCCAGGACGGAGUUGAGUCGAUGCACACAGAGGGAUCAAGGCAAGAGGAGAGAUUAGAAUAUUACACAUUACAUCGAUACUGGGAAAUAGACGAUUACGAUGAAGCAUCUCACCCGCAAGGACAGCAACAAAGACGGGCAGAGGAAGAAGAUUACGAUGAAGUGUCUCAGCCGCAAGGACAGCAACAAGGACGAGCAGAGGAAG